AUGAACAUCGAAUGGCUUGAGGAUCGAGUGCGCGCGCAAGCAGCAGACUUAAGUUCGGGAGGUGUAGUGGUCGAGGAGAUACAAACAUGCGGCGCAGCAAAUAGUCGCUUCUCUUGGCGCAGGAUGUACACAGAAUCGUGCAUUCUACGAGCUCUUGUCGAUGUGCGUGCCUUCUACAUAACAAGCGACACGUCCUUCGCAUUGGCAAGCAUCUCCAAGCUUGAUCAAGCGAUCGUGAUCGCCGGUGCACCUGGAGAAGGAAGACUUGAUCUAAUCACCGACCUCAUCAACGAAGUUCAAUCCCGUUGUUUGGCCCGCGCAAUUUCGCGGAACGGCCUCGUUGCAUUUCAAACCCAGAUCAAUAUCGCUCCAAUUCACCCACUGUCGGCAGCCUCACAAAGUGUAAUUCAAUUGGGGGUUCCUCCUUCGCUGGCUUCUUUUUUGUCUCGCUACUCGAAGCAGCCCUUCGUCAUCCCGAAAUACAUAAAGGACUGGCCCGCCAUGAACGAACAUCCGUGGGCUUCGCCUGACUACCUACGCGCCGUCGCAGGUCCAGGGCGAGUGGUCCCCGUUGAGGUAGGGAGCGACUACAGAGAUAAUGACUGGACACAGAAGUUGAUGCCGUGGGACGAAUUCCUGGAUGCUCUCGUUGAAGGACCCCAGUCGAAAAUCGACCGAUCUUGUCGCCCGGUCUUGUAUCUCGCACAGCACGACCUGCUGAUGCAGUUUCCUGGGCUUCGGGCAGAUAUCGAGGUGCCGGACUACGCCUACGCUUCGCUUCCGCCACCGCCAGACUUCCCGGAUUAUACACCGCCAGGUAACGAGGAUCAGCUAGUGUUAAAUGCAUGGCUCGGUCCAAUGGGCACCGUAUCACCAGCACAUACCGACCCUUACUUCAACUUCUACGCACAAGUCGUAGGACGCAAGAUUGUCUGGCUGGCCCCUCCAUCCGUCUCAUCUUCCAUGUACGCCUACCCACCGCCAUCAUCAUCCUCCGUAUCCGCCACACCCGACCCGCCCCACAACCCAGCCGCUAACACAGCGAACCCCUCCAUGAGCAACACCUCCCAGGUGGACGUCUUCCGCCCACGGACAGACCACGAGCAUGUACCCGACGCCUGGCCGUCGUUCUGGCAAAACGUGGUGCCGCACGCGAUGUCCGUUACGCUCGAGCCGGGCGACCUGCUUUUCUUCCCGCCGGGCUGGUGGCAUGCGAUGCGUAGCGAAGAGACAAGCUUUUCGGUGUCGAUGUGGUUCUGAUUCCAAUUUUCGUAGUCUGUUGUGCAUCACUAUGGCCUACCACAACUUCAACGCAUGUGGUCGGAGAACCUGUGCCUCGCAGUCUACUCGAUCGACUCCCUGUUCCAAAUAACCACAUCGAGCUGGUGCCUGGCAAGAUAGAGUGCUCUCGAACGGAGGUCGCAAACAGCGCGAGCAACGAACACAAUCGUAUUGACGUGAUUCAUCAGAUUCAGAUUCAAAUCCAGAAUGCAAAUGGCCCACAAAUAGCACUCGCCACAUCAGAUGAUCCAGCACUGUUGGACAGUACUAUGUAUCACGACGAGAGGCUGAACGGCCUUUUGAGACAAUCGGAUGCCGUGAAAGGAUUCUUAUGCACGCAUUGUAAUAAUUAUAACCGGUACUGUUUUCUUUCGAGAUGGACGUGUAACUGCUC